GUUUGGAGUAGACGGAACUAGUAGUUACAGUUCGAAACAGAUAGUUUAAGCUAUACGGCCAGUGUGGUUUUACAUUAAGCUGUGGCGGGAAUAUAUUUUGGAUUAAUAACAUCAGGUAAAGGGUCUCGUCAUAAUAAACUAUUACUUUCGUUCAACGAAUUGGCAGUAAGAGGAAUUUUGAUGGAAUCGUAAUACGAACAUUUGCAUGGAGCUUAAUUAACACGUUAUAGUAAAAGAAAUGCUGGCAACGUCUUUGAAGAACGUCAUUUUCAUAUAUUAACAAGAUAAAUAUAGUUAACUUUCUAGACUAAAUGAGUUGUUGUGAGAAUAAUAAAGACUUGGAAAAGUUAAAAAGAAACACUUGCAAAUGGAAGGACUCUUUUGAAUAGUGAUUUACAAACUAACCACUGUGAAUGAGGAAACCAUUUCAUAAUAAAAAAGAAAAAAAUAUGACACGCUUUAAUUAAACAACACUUCAAACGAUAGAUACUUUAUAUCAAUGUCGCUCAUUAUUGCGCCAUAAAUGAGUGCUAACAUGAAUGGGAAAACAACAGCAAUAGCCCACUUUGUGGCUUUGAAUGAUACGCUAAAAAACAGAUCUCUUGAAAUUGAUGAAACGGCCUUAACUGAAUCAAUGAACCUACAACAGUUUCAGUUCCAACUUCCGGCUAUAAUAUACACUAUCAUAUUGAUGGUCAUUGGAACUCCAGGGAAUAUCAUAGUCUUAUAUGUGUAUUUCUUUAAAUGGAGGAAAAGCACAUCACGAAUGUUUAUCCUAUUUCUAACAUCUCUGGAUUUGUUUAAUUGUGUUACUACUCUCCCAAUGGAAAUAUUUAUUAUGCGAUACUCGGUAAUGUUAGACAGACCCUGGCUGUGUAAGAUAUCCAGAUUUUCAACCUACACAAUGAAUAGUUCAUCUGCAGCAAUUUUGGUAGCGAUUGCCGUUGAUAGGUACCGGCGAAUUUGUAGACCACACGGUCCACAAUUCAGUGCGAAGGCUUCGAAGUACAUCAGCAUUUGCUGUAUUGUACUCGCAUUGUGUUUGACAUGGCCAUCAUUACUGUUUUAUGGCACGCGUAGUGUAAAAUUAGAAAAUGUCGAAGGAAAGUCUUGUUUAUUGGAAAAUAAAUUCGAUGAGUCCGUUUAUCCUCACGUUUUCUUCGUCUUAAUGAUGGCAAGCACAGUCAUUAUUUUUACGACAUUGUCUGUGCUAUACUACUUCGUUGGCAUUCAAGUUUGUAGACAUAGGAGGAUGAGAAUGAAGAGAAAACGGGAACAAAAAGCUGCUCAAAACUUGAUGAUACGUGAGCCUACCGACAGUAAAGACGACACCUUGUUGCAAGAUUCAGACUCAAAAGGCGAAAUUAAGAACACGACGGAGAAGACAGAAAAUAGGGAGAAUGAAAAUAAUAAAAAUGUAUACUCAAUCGAACACCGAACACAAAAUCACAUUGAACUAUUGCCUCUACCUGUAGGAACAACAAAAAACGAUCUGUCGAUAGUAACUUUAGACGAAAGCACGGUUAAUAGUGACGGUAAACAUACCGUUAGAUCGACUCCAGACGUGCAACGAAAAUCUAAAAGUGGUCAGGAAGGACAACGACACAAUAAAAAUGGAGUUUCCAAGACGAACGGGAUCAUGCGAGACUCUCUUUGCAAAUCGAACGGCUCCCAGUGCAUUCAUAUAAGGGUCCACAUUGGCCGGUCGACUUUAAUGCUGUUUCUGAUCACUUUAGCGUACAUUGCUAGUUUCUUACCGUUCUACGUUAUAGCUAUCAUACGCCAAACUGACAGUACUUUUGUAUCAAAUAUGAACAAUGCUGGCUAUAUGGCUUACCAUGUGUGUCUGAGGUCUUACUUGUUGUCUAGUGCGAUUAAUCCAAUAAUAUACUCUUUCUGUAAUUCUCAAUUUAGGACAUUCUGUUUUAAUAUGAUAAAGAAACAUAAACGUCUUAGCAGUAGAAAAAGCUUGUUAUAACACUUGGUCUACUUUUCUGUAAGAAAUCCUUGCUUGACUAAAAGCGAUUAUGCCAUUUCUUUCUUAUUAUAAAGACGAUAUGCAGCCCGCGAGUGACGUAAAUCCACACUUGCCUUCAAAUACAUUUGUUUUAUUAGGCACUUGUCAACUUGUUUACAAUAUCUUAUGCAUUAUGAUUCUAAACGAAAAAUUAAAAAAAAAAAGGUAAGUAUUGCGAAAUCCUUUAGUGAGUAUACUGAUUAUUGGUCCGUCAAAAUAACUGGUUUCUCAACCAUUUCGAUUUCAAAUUUUAUGUCCAGCAGUAAAAUUUCUGCUGGUGUUUUGCUUGCAUUUUAUUGUCAAACGCCAAUUUUGAAAGUUUAAAAAAUUAAAACAGCUCAAUUUUUGUUGUAAGUGUUGUGCAUGUUGAUGUGUAUCUAUAGAUUAUGAAAAUAAAUUGCAAGAAACAAUGCAUAUUUCUUCAAAAUUUAACGAGGCUCUUUAUUAUCAAUUUGACGAAUGCGUUUUUCCGUGUAGUUUUUAUGGUAUCUUUUAUGAACAGGAGCAAGGCCAAUAAAUCAAUUAACCUCACAAGAGAAAUUAUCACGUAAGAGGCUUUUUUAAAAUUUAUCUAUGAAACUCCGCUGGUAUGAUGCAUACCGGGAAGGUUUUGAACGUAGAUAUCAGCUGUGAGGAGCUUUACUGUACACAUUUUAAACAUUGCAAUUGAGAAACCACUUUGUUCAAGGAAUAUUUUCUCAGUGUUGUUUGUUCAUAUCUAUUGAGUUGACUGCUUCAGUUAAAACUCCAGAUAGGAUAGAACAUAGCUGCCAAAAUCUUUUUUAAGACGCCUAAUACACACGAAACGAAACAGACAAUGUCAUAAGACAACAUUCACACAACGAGAGACAGAAUGCUACAAUACAGCAAUCACUUAACGCUUAACGAGAAAAUCAAGGCAAAAUAUACGACACUCAUUCAACUAAACAAGCAAUAGAAUAAGACAAUAUACAGACAACGAGAUUACCAACGUCACAAGACAACAUACACUUAUACACAAAUAAUGUCAAUAUUUAUAUAUUUCACAUAUUACAAUAACGUUAUAAGUACAUGAAGGAAUUACCGCUAUGAAAAGGCAAGUGUGAAACAUGUUUGCCAUGCUUAUCUUCAAAUCAGUGAAUUAUUAUAACUUUAAUGAAUUAUGAUAUUAUUAUCAAUAUAUGUUAUAAUAUAUGCACUGAAAUCAGAACAGUAAAUAAAUGUACAUAUCCAUGAUAAUAUAUUUGCUUUUCAAGUUUUUAUCUAAUUAUAACUUUCUUAAGCAGAUAACGAUAAUCCAUAUCUUGUUUAAACACUGUUAUAUGAGGGAUUACUCUGUAAAAAGCAACCAUUUUUAAGUAAUAU